UUUUGAAAAUUGUAAACAUUGCUUCACACAUAUUGACAUCAACUUGAUGAAGAGCAACUAGGCAUGUCCGCGAAACUUACAACGAAAUCAGAAAAGCUUGACAGUUCCUCAUCAGUGGAAUAUACUAUCGAAUCAGAUUCUUCGGAUUAUUUCAAUCAUGGUAGGAAAUUACCACCCAAAACGACAGAAUGGAAAAUGUCACAUCUCUUGGAACUUGGCAUUCACUUUGACAAAUCCAGUACUGAUCUUGAUACUUUAAUGUCCAGUGUUAAACAGAUUUUUCGGAAACCCAAACAGUCAGAAACUGAUUCAGAAAUUUCAAAAAUGCAUAAAUGCUUAAUCGAAUUGACGAAAGAUUGGUGGACAUUCUCGUUUGACUUUGAGAGUGCAGAGAAGUCACUGACAGGAGAGGGUGUUAUAGAAACGCUGACAUUGGCAGAAAAAGCGAUUAAUGUGUUUGAACAAGAAAAUUACAACAUUGUGGAAAACCUAAAUAAAACAGAACUGGGGGAUUGGAGAAGUUUACAGGUAUAUUCAGUAUGGAGGAAUAAUCUGUUGGAGUUUUGGAGAUAUUUUUGUAUGCUGCUUAUAAGGUGGGGGAAACCAUAUCAAAGAGUGGGGAGAUUCACCAACCUGUUCAUGGCUUUCUCCAAAAUUUGUUUUCUGCAUCCAGAACCAGGGAAUACUUAUUCAGAUAUCCUGCAAAUAAAAGACAGCACUGUCCGUGGCACACCAGACAUCCGUUUUAUGGCUUUACCACCCUCCUCCUCUGGAAGAAAGAAUUUGGAACUCAUUGUUGUCACAGAGGUAAAGCAGUAUGAUGCAUUUAAAGGAGAUUAUGUUAAAGGGGAGAAUUUCAGUUCAGAGAAUUUAUCACCAAAUGUUUUGGCUCAACAUGGGAUACAGCUCCUCAUGGAGAGAGAGUGCUCUUUUUUCUUUCCAGCAGGAAUCGUAGGAAUUCUUUGUAUUGGCACCAAGGUUAUUUUUACAUUUCUUCAGAUAAGCCAAUCUCAUUAUCACUUAAUACGAGGCAAGGGAAAGGUGGAUAAGACAAGCAAAGCAACAAUAUCAUAUACCAGACCGUAUGAUUACAUGGAUGCUAGGGAUCGAACUGAAAUUCUGGAAGCAUUCUUUUGGUUUGGACAAGUGCAAUCAAAUCCGAAAGAGUUUACAUGAAGACCAUGCAGCAUUCCAUAUUACAGUUGUGAAUUUGUGUACCAAAAUAUCGAUAAAGACUGUUUCAAGGGUUUCAUGGUUCAUUAUUUUUAGCUCACCUGAGCCAAAGGCUCAAGUGAGCUUUUCUGAUCACAAUUUGUCCGUUGUCUGUCGUCAUCGUCGUUGUUGUAAACUUUUCACAUUUUCAUCUUCUUCUCAAGAACCACUGGGCAGAUUUCAACCAAAUUUGGCACAAAGCACCACUAGGUGAAGGGGAUUCAAGUUUGUUCAAAUGAAGGGCCACGCCCUUUUUAAAGGGGAGAUAAUUGAGAAUUAUUGAAAAUAUGUUGGUAUUUUUCAAAAAUCUUCUUCUCAAAAACUAUUAGGCCGGUAAAGCUUAAACUAAUGGAGGCAUCCUCAUGUAGUGUAGAUUCAAGUUUGUUCAAAUCAUGGUCCCCGGGGUUAGGGUGGGGCCACAAUUGGGGGAUCAAGUUUUACAUAGGAAUAUAUAGAGAAAAUCUUUAAAAAUCUUCUUCUCAAAAACUGUUGGGCCAGAAAAGCUCAAAUUAAAAUGGAAGCAUCCUCAGGAAGUGUAGAUUCAAGUUUCUUCAAAUCAUGGUCCACGGGUGGUAGGGUGGGGCCACAAUUGUGGGAUAAAUUUUAAUAUAGGAAUAUAUAGAGAAAAUCUUUUAAAAAAUUUCUUUUAAAAACUAUUUGGCCAAGAAAGCUCAAAUUGGCGUGUAACCAUUCCAGAUCAUGUAGAAUCAAGUUUGUUCAAAUCAUGGUCCCUGGGGGUAGGGCGGGGCCACAAUGGGGGAUGAAUUUUUACUUAGGAAUAUAUAGAGAAAAUCUUUCAAAAUCUUCUUUUUGAAGUCUAUUUGGCCAGAAAAGCUUAAACUUGUGUAGAGGCAUCCUCGGGUUGUGUUAAUUCAAGUUUGCAAAAUCACAGUCCCUAGUGGUAGGGCGGGACCGUGAUGGUGGUUUGAAUUUUUACAUAGUAAUAUAUAGAGAAAAUCUUUAAAAAUAUUCUGGGAAAGUUUUCGGUCCAAAACUCGGUACUUAGUGUGAAAGCACAGGUUAUGAGAUUAAAGGUAGAUUUAAGUUUGAUGAAACCAUGAUUCCCUAGAGAAUAGUGGGGUCACGAAAUGGGGGGGGGGGGGGUAUAUAGGAAUAGAGAAAAAUCUUCUUACAGGUACAACAACAAAAGGGGCUUGGUAUUUACCAAAAAAUAAGAGGUGGAUAAAAAAUGGCAGAUUUUCAAUUUUUUUUUUUAGCAAGAUCUACUGUACUCAGUUGUCAAGAUAUUUUGAUACUGUAAUGCUAAUUUGAUCUGAAUUAACGCAAUUGUUGCUCAGGUGAGCGAUGUGGCCCCUGGGCCUCUUGUUUAUAAUGUAAGAAGGUUUAUUAAUUUUUCAAAUUUUGAAAAAUUCAAACAUAAAAAUGCAUAUAAAUGUACAUGAAGUUUUAGGAUUUUGUACCCUAGUGGCUAUCCUAAAAGGAACCAAGUACAGAUCUUGAUUACUUAAGCAAAAUACAUGUAUUCAGCAAGGUUCUCAUAAUGGAUUGAAUGCCCCAAUCUAGUUUCUCUUUGGGUUUACUAACAACCUGUAAAUGAUCAUACAACAUACAUGAAGUCUAAUCUAAUCUUUGUUUCAUGAUAAAAUGUAUUGUAACAUUUGCUCCUGAGCAAAAAAUAAAUUCUUGGCAGAUGCAAAAUA